AGCAACGCUUGAAAAGCGGUCGCCUGCCUGCUCGUGCUUCCAUCGUUCAAUGAGCACGAGACGUGGAGAGAGUCAGACAUUGGAUAGCCUAUCUGUCAAGCUGGAGAACUAAUUCGUCUCACUUCUCCAGACAUCUCUACCGUUGGAUUCUUCUAGCAAGUCAGACGUCAGAUCCAGAAUGAAGGCGAUCAGUCCCGUUCGCUCUGUCAGAAGCUGCUAUGAAGCGGUGUGCUGCAUCUCAGAGCAGAGUCUCGCCAUCAGCCGCUGCAAGAGUCCCAUUGAGGAGCUGUCCGAUAUGAAUGACUGUUACUCAAAACUCAAAGAGCUGGUGCCCAGCAUCCCUCAGAACAAAUCCGUGAGCCAAAUGGAGAUUCUUCAGCAUGUAAUAGAUUACAUCUUCGAUUUACAGAUUGCACUGGAAAACGAAACGGACACACAAAACACGCCUGACGUGUUCAUGUCAAUGAAGAACUCAGAGAUGACCCUUAAUUUCUCCAAAGAGGAUGAAGCUAUGUGCCAUUAGUACAGAGGAAUGGCAACGUUCAAUGGACAAGAUCACGUAUUAAAGUCUGUCCAGUUUCCUAAUUUUUUGGUCAUCGUGCCAAUCAGCAAACAAGCUUGGAUUCCCUAUCAGCUCUAGCAAAUGAAAGUUUUCCAUUUGGCGCCAGACUGUCUGCAGUCCGUCUGAAUCCACAGUGUGUGUGUGUGUGUGUGUGUGUGUGUGUGUGUGUGUGUGUGUGUGUGUGUAAGUGUGCUCUGAG